AUGAUGCCCUGGAGAGAGCUAGGCAACGGCCCAGCGCCAGCUGAAAAGAGUAUUACUCUGGACUACAUCUCGCCGAUGUUUCCAGAAGUAAUUAUAUACAGCUUCAGGAAACGACACUGGGCAAUUGUCGCAUCAUCAGUAGCCGUUUUGCUAUUAAAGCUAACGACAACCUUUUCAACAGGCCUUAUCCAACUUGAGCCAACCCAGUUCGAAGUUGACAAAGUUCGAAUAAAUAUUACGUCCAAAUUUGACGCCUCGGAAUUUAACACGGAGGAACAAACAAUUGGUCCAAUCCCCGGUACGAUUGUCUACGGCGCUCUUUCCCAAGGUCUUCAAUAUCCUAUCGGUACUAGCGCAGAUGUUGCGUUACAAGACUUCAGUCCGAGCAACCCAACACCUCGAAACGGAGUGUAUUCAUCAGAAAUUCUUGGUUUCUCGCCUUCGUUUGACUGCGAGACCUUAACCAUCACCAACGACAGUAUCACAACUAGGAGCCUGCCUUGGUACAGCAUAGGGGCGAAGUUUUACACCGUAAACAUUACUGCUGCGGACUGCAAGAUUGACGGUGCGAUAGUCGCAAGGACCGCAGACCAUCAUUACUUGCACCGUGAGAAUGUUACUCAGAACUUUCAGGGAAAUUUCCAAAACUACACCUGUAACGAUGGGGUAGACAACAGUCUUGAUGAGGACAUGCGACCGGACCAUACUUCUUAUCCAGACCAUCGAUACCUUAUAACAAUGGCGGAUCUCCGAUGGAUCGCAGCGAACGGCACUGGGAUGGAUCCAAAAUACUAUUGGCUGCAGAGCCUUACAGCCGUCCUUUGUCGACCUUCGUACACCAUGAACACUUAUCUCGCGAGCAAAUCCGUACAAAGGAACAAUUCUCAAACUACGAUGACGAGCAAACUUCUUCAUAAAGGAUCAGAAGGACUAGCAAAAUUAACGAUUGGCAAACUCGCGGGAGCAAUUACUGAAACUAUUUCCAAUACGGAGCUAGGCACAGGUGAUGAGGAUUAUGUCGUCUUACCCGUGCCUAGUUUCUUCCGGUUCCUCACUACGAUGAACGACGGCUCAAGGCUAGAGCCCUUUAUGGACGACAAGCUCUUGAAAAGACUUAGUUCCACUGUCUGGAACGCUGUCGCGGUACAGUUCGUGCGACAAUAUAUUAUGGCUCCAACAGAAGAAGCUACCCUUGGGCAGGCUGCCUACAGCGAAAUGCGCCUUCAAGUCAAAUUGCUUUCAACCAUACUUAUGGCGGCCCUUUUGGGGAUGGCUUGCUGCACGACACUAUGUAUAUGGUGGUUCAGACCUAAGACUAAUCUUCCCCGGGACCCUUCACCGGUUGCUGCAUUAGUUACCCUCUUAGCAGCGACACAAUCAUGGUUCCUGCUCUUAACAACGGCCCUUUCGAUCAUUGUCGCUGUGGUUCUUAUAGUACUACAGCAUGUUUCGGACAAUACUCAAGGGCUUGUAGACGUUACUCCGGAUUCUCACGUCCUUCCGAAGUACAUCCCAGCACUCGUUAUGCUUAUCAUCGCGGCUCUUUUUUCGAGUAUUGAAGGCACUUCCGCGAUAUUUGCGCCAUUUUCGAAACUCAAGAAGGGCAACGCCUCUGCAGCAACGUCGAUCGAACUUAGCGUCACCAACAAGCUGCUUACGCAAGCUAUAGUCGUGUCAGCCAAAGGACGCAGUUUCCAUUACAUGCUUAGUGGCAUUGCUUUGUUCUUGGCCGGGUUCUUGACUAUUAUUGUCUCCGGACUUUACACGGUCGCAUCUGUUCCUGUAAACGAAAUGUUAACACUUACUGAAGUUGACAAAUUCAACUUUAGUCAAGGGAACCUGGCGAUUGAUGACAACAGCGCCGCUGCAACAUUGGGUCUUCUCCAAUACUCUAACCUAACCUACCCUCAUUGGACAUACGAAAAUCUGGUACUCAACAAACUGAAUGCCCCAAGGAAUUUCGGGGCAGAAGGCACUCUCAGUGUGAAUGUUACGGCCUAUCGAGCACAACUGGACUGUACGACCUACCUUACUCACCAAAAGACCCUUCAUAAAAACCAAGGCACGGCGAAUAAUUUUGAAAUCGAGAUAAACACCACUGUACCCAUCCAGUGCGCACACAGCUUUACCGAAGAGAAGACGACGAAUUGGAGUCAGCAUUACUAUAUCCCAUAUAAUAAAUCUGGCACGUAUAUCGGUCACAGCAGUCUCUUACAGUGGGAUCUCGAUUAUUCAAUCCUUAAAGGGGAUGGCGCGGUUAGUACAAAUCUUGGUAAUGGGGUCAGCUUACUAUACCAAGAUUUGCCAACUGGAAAUUUCGGAUGUCCGACUUUUGGAUUCAGCUUAGGCUCCUCUACUCUACAAGAAUCUGGAAACUCAACUCUUGUUGACACAGCAUUUACCGCCGUCAUGUGCUACCAGACCUUAGAGCAAGUAGACACCAACGUUACGUUCCAUGCCUCGGACAUGUCUAUCGACACUACUCACCCACCGGUACCCGACGAGUCUACGGUCAAGCGUAUUCAAAAUCCAUCUACAUCUAGCGAUAUUUGGGAAUGGCAUAUUAAUAGUUUUGUCGCCAACUUGAGAGACCUCAAAGAAAAUUCUGCAGUACCAACACUCGACAAAAAGGGCAAUCUUCUCAACGACGUCGACGGAUUUAUCCAAACACUUGUCGACGGUAGGGAUGGGGUGCCAUUCGAACAGUUGGUUGGUGAAGAAAAUCAGCAUUACCUAGUAGAUGCAGCUUCGCGUCUGUAUUCGGAAUACAUGGCACAAGCUAUCUCUACCAAUAUGAGACAGACGAUAACCCAGGGAGACGCCUCGAACGCACGCCAGGCCCAGCUGAUAAAUUCCAAGCGCUGGCGGCUCCGGCAAAAUCCUGGACCGGCGAUUGCCCUUGAAGCUCUACUGUUUGUCCUGGCGGCUGCCUCCCUAGCGAUCACUUUUCUUUGGGACCGGAACGAAGUGCUUCCCCACAACCCCUGUUCAAUCGCAGGGACUGCGACACUUCUUGCUGGAUCGGAGUUGUGCACUCGCAGAUAUAUUCCAGAAGGCGCGGAGUUACUCUCCGCGAAAGAGCGAAAGGCUGCGGGGCUUUUUAAUAACUUGAAGCUUCGGAUAGGAAGGUACGAGGAUGCCGCAUAUCCAGCUGAAACGAGGGUCGGUAUUCAUGUGGAAUCUUCUGGAGUUGGGGUCUAAGAGCUUGGGUUUUCUACGACAAUGCUUGGUUAAUGAUCGCAUUUCUCUUACGGCAUAUUAUAUAUAUAGGUACUUGCC